AUGGCUGAAAUUAAAAUUUUGGGUGAAACAAAGUUAGUUUAUGGUGGUUUUAUAUACUUGCGGUCAAAAUUACCAGUCAACGGCAAAACAUACUGGGAAUGCCAAAAAGUACGAAGGAAAGAGUGCAAAGCCAGAAUUAUCACUACCUUCAAUAUUUCCGAAAAUAAGCAUAAUUUCGUCCGAGAACCAGCGUUGGACGAUCAUGAUCAUAUUCCCAAUCAAGAACAGUGUCAAUCGGAAAUUGUUAAGUAUUCUUUGAAGCGGAAGGCUGAAAACCAACCACAACUACCACCCACUCAAAUUCUACGUACAGAGAUGGCCGGAGUAUCUGAUGGCGUUCUCAGUCAAUUACCUAACCGAGAUAAUUUAAAGAAGUCAAUGCGUCAAGUCCGGAGGAAAAAUUUACCGCCUAAUCCGAAAACACUUUUUGACUUGGGUACUUUUCCCGAUCAAUAUCAAAAGACACUUACGGGUGAAAAAUUUUUGAUUUAUGAUUCGCUCGAUGGUAAUUCUGUCAGUGAAGGUAGAGUUGUUGUGUUUUCAACUCGAAGAAAUUUAGAGCUAUUGGCCGAGAGUGACUGCUGGUUUUUAGACGGGACUUUUAAGGUGUGUCCCAAUAUUUUCACCCAAGUUUUUACGAUUUUGGGAACAUGUAAACAACAUGUCGAUGUUCAUGACACAGUUGCUGUACCAUUUGUUUAUGCGCUGUUGUCGUCGAAAGAAACUGUGCAGUAUGCCACUGUGCUUAGAGCAGUACAAUCAUCGUUUAACGAACAUAGAAUUUUUUGUGAACCGGUUAAGAUCAUGACAGAUUUUGAAAAAUCAAUAAUCAAUGCAUGUGAAGAAGUUUUUCCAAAUUCGGCUAUCAGUUGUUGCUUUUUUCAUUUCGGCCAAUCAAUGUACCGUCAAAUUCAGUUUGCUGGUCUUCAAGCCGCAUAUAAUGACCCCGACGAUCGUUCGUUGAAAUAUUUUACACACAUGAUGCUAGCAUUGGCAUUUGUGCCGUUGACUGAAGUUUCUCGCAUUUUUUCUCUUUUGAAAAAUGAUGCGCCUGAAGCUUUAUCACCAAUAAUUGAAUAUUUCGAAAAAAAUUAUGUUCUUGGAGUAAUAGCUCGAGGAAGAAGACGAGGGAUUCAUCCACGUUAUCCGCCAAAAAUUUGGAAUCAAUACCAAGCAGCUCUAACUGGUUCGCAUAAGACCAACAACGUAAGCGAGGGGUGGCACAAUCGCUUCCAGCUUGUCGUUGGAAAACAUCAUCCUGACCUUUACUCAGCUCUCGGCGAGUUCCAAAAAGAACAAGGUGAUGUAGAGAUAAUGAUCUCAGAGCUGAGUCUAGGGCGAAAAGUAAGAGCUCAGCCAAAAAGAAAAUGGCGAGACUUUCAGAUGCGAAUUAUGGCCAUUACUGCUGACUUUAAUACAUACCAAGAAUUAGAUUUUCUGAAGGCAAUCGCGCAUAAUAUUGUUUUAUGA